CGCGACUUCUCGCUGUGCGCUGGCCCUGCUCGCUCGCUUGCAUCUUCUCCUCCCCUGGCGGACGGCUCCAGGCGAUGGCCUCUGUCGUGGCAGCGCUGGUGCAGCCCCUUCGCCUCCGCCCCGCCCGCCUGGUGCCUCUCCUUGGGCCGCUCCUGAGGGAGGCGGCGCGGGGCUGGCGGGGGCUCGGCGGGAGCGAGGUGUUUAAAAAAAGCCUUAGGAGGGGGGUCACUCUCGCCACGGGGUCCUUCGUGUUCUGUGAGGCUCUCAGGCUGGUCUCCGGCUCUGCUGUGGUUCAUGCCAGCUUCAAAGUGGCAGAAGUUAUAGAGCAAGCAGACUACCUGUAUGGGAGUGGAGAAACUGAAAAGCUCUAUCGGUUGCUGGUUCAGCAUAAAAAUAGUGAGGAUGCAGAGUUGUUAUGGCGGCUGGCACGAGCGUCACGAGAUUUAGCUCAGCUCAGCAUUACUUCUGCAGAAGAGAAAAGACAACUGGCAUAUGAUUCCCUUGAGUAUGCAAAAAGGGCACUAGAAAAGAAUGAAGCAAAUUCUGCAGCACACAAGUGGUAUGCGAUUUGUCUCAGUGAUGUUGGAGAUUAUGAAGGAAUCAAGGUUAAAAUUGGAAAUGCUUUUAUUAUCAAGGAGCACUUUGAGAGAGCCUUUGAACUGAAUCCGAAAGAUGCAACAUCAGUUCAUCUUAUGGGCGUUUGGUGUUACUCCUUUGCUGAAUUGCCAUGGUAUCAACGAAAGAUAGCUGCAAUGCUAUUUGCAACACCUCCGACUUCCACGUAUGAAGAGGCCCUUCGUUACUUCCACAUGGCGGAGGAAGGGCAAAGAGGCAAGCAAAAGUGGAAUUUCUACGUCAACCAUUCUUGUUCAUUCUUAAUGUGCUAAAAUCCCCUAUAUUCUCAAUAGGAUGACAGAGACAACACUUUUAUAUGAUUUCAGUUGUCACUGGGAUCAGAGUACCUAUCCAACUGGCAGCAAAACUGUCCUCAUAAAAGAAAGUAUGUAACUAUUCUUUCCCCAAGAGGGAAGCCCCAAGCAAAACUGACAAGCUGAAAGAUAAGGGAAGGAAAUGUUCUGUAUAGAUGUGUCAGUGAAGCCUGAAAGAAAAAUUUAUUAUCUUUCUUUCCCUGUGUGUCAGCUACUGCAGCUGUGGACUGGAAUGGUAGACUUCACCUUAAAACAUGCCUCCAAACCACCUUCAUAUGUUUACCUGUAUUUGAUGUUAUAUGUGUACAAAAAUAGAAGGGCUGCUCUGAAUGUAGUGGCUCCUAUUUUAUUACAUUGGCCUACAAUGUCAAAGGCAGAUGGUGGUAUGGCAGUAGAGGUCGAACCUUCCCACCUAUGUUCCGUUUCAUUUUAUUGUUGUGUGACAGAUGGCUGUAGGGGGGCAGCCUGACAAAGUGGUAUCUGACAUGGAAGUGCGUAGGAUGCAACAGUGUGUCACUGACUGCCUCCAUGUGGAAAAAAUGGCACCGCUGACAUUCAUUGAUGCUUGCUGAACAUUUAUGGAGACCAAACAGUGGAUGUGAGCACAGUGGUUGCAUUUCUGCAGCAGCACAGUGGUCGCUUCUGCUGUUGCAGACUUUUACAAACAUGGCAAGCACAGUCUUGUUCGUUGCUGGAGAAAAUGCACAGUUAAUCAUAGAAUUGUAGAUGUUGGAAGGGACCUCUGGAGAUCAUGGAGUCCAACCUUCCUGCGAAAGCAGGUCCCCUACAGUAGGUUACGCAGGAAGAGUGCCCAGACAGGUCCUGAAUAUCUCCAGAGAAGGAGACUCCACAACCUCUCUGGGCAGCCUGUUCUGUGCUCUGUCAUCCUCACAGUAGAAAAGUUGUUUCACAUGUUUGUAUGGAACCUCUUGUGUUGCAUUUUGUGCCUGUUGUCCCUUGUCCCAUCACAGGCACUACUGAAAAGAGCCUGGUCCCAUCCAUUUGACUCCCACACCUCAGAUAUUUGUAAACAUAGAUUAGAUCCCCUCUCAGUCUUCUCCAGGAUGAGCAGUCUCAGGUCCCUCAGUCUUUCCUCACAUGGGAGAAACUCCAGGCUCCCAAUCAUCUUUGUGGCCCUAAAUAAUGGU